AUGGCUACAACAACAACACAUAUCAGAAAACGUACACGAUCUGAUACCACAAAAGAAGACAAACAAAGAUAUCAAGUAACAAAGAAAAUUUUUAAUGAUCCUGUCCAUGGUUCAAUUGAAUUAAAUCCUUUGUUAGUUAAUAUAAUUGAUACACCACAAUUUCAACGUUUAAGACGUAUCAAACAACUGAGUGUAACUCAUUAUGUAUUCCCUGGUGCAUCACAUAAUCGAUUUGAACAUUCAGUUGGUACCUGUUAUUUAGCUGGUGAAUUAUUAACGUCGUUGCAACAGCAGCAGCCACAUUUAGAUAUAACAGAUCAAGAUAAAUUAUGUGUGCAAAUAGCUGCUCUAUGCCAUGAUCUUGGUCAUGGUCCGUUCUCACAUUUAUUCGAAGAUGUUAUAAGAGAAAUAAGACCUGAUCGAAAUUGGACACAUGAAGAAGCUUCAAUCAAAAUGUUCGAUUACAUGAUUGAACAAAAUAAUUUAAAAACGAUAUUGAAUCGCUAUAACCUUAAUGAUGCUGAUAUUAUAUUUAUUAAAGAAUUAAUUGCAGGUCCAUUACCGGAAAACAAUAAAAAGGUAUGGCUACAGUUUCAUCAUUGCUUGUGUCUCACUCACAGUUUUAUCGUUAAAGUAUGUUGGUCGUGA